UGGCCAUCUGUCUAUACCAACAUCAAUGUCAUUGUCAACCAGGAAACUCCUCUCCAUGAAGAUGCUGGCUCUGCCCCCACCCUUUUGGAUUUGUUGGUCAGCUUGGGCUCCCAUGAUGCUAAUUUCUUGGUGCCAGACUUGGGGGCAAAGUUUUUGUAUUUACCAGGCACCAUGAUUUUCUUGGCUGGCAAAAUUCUCUCACAUUCAGUUCCAAAGUGGGGAAGGGGUGAAAGGAUUGCCAUU